UGGACCGGGACAAGCAUGGCACCACCUGUGAGGUACUGCAUCCCUGGCGAACGUCUGUGUAACUUGGAAGAAGGCAGCCCCGGGAGCGGCACCUACACCCGGCACGGCUACAUCUUUUCGUCGCUGGCGGGCUGCCUGACGAAAACCAGCGAGAAUGGCGCGGUCUCUAGCAUCAACUCACGUUUUGCCAAAGUACACAUCUUGUAUGUGGGGUCCACACCACUAAAAAAUGCUUUUCGAGGAACUAUCCGCAAGGAAGAUAUCCGAGCAACUGAAAAAGACAAGGUUGAAAUUUACAAGAGUUUCCGCCCAGGUGACAUAGUUUUGGCCAAAGUUAUCUCCCUAGGUGAUGCACAGUCCAAUUACCUGCUGACCACUGCUGAAAAUGAGUUAGGGGUAGUGGUAGCCCACAGUGAAUCGGGUGUCCAGAUGGUUCCCAUCAGCUGGUGUGAGAUGCAGUGCCCCAAGACCCACACUAAAGAAUUCCGAAAAGUGGCCAGGGUACAGCCUGAGUUCUUACAAACCUAAGCACACUUCCCCUCAAAGACGGAGCUGCCUGUUUCCAAGAGUACCAGUAUGAAAAGAACAUCAAGAUGCCACAGUCUUUAUUAAGGUUUCUACAGUUACGUAGCAACCACCUCUUGAAAAAAUCUGCCAGAAAUAAGUUUGUGUUGUAAUGAGCACCCAAGGCCUAUGCAGCUGAGACAGGAAGAUUUUUAGUUCUCAAGUGUGAGUGUAGCCUAGGCUACAUAGUAAGACUCUUUCAACCAAAAUAUAAAACACUAUUCUUGGGAAACUGUGAUUUUUAUUCUCUUGGCUGGUGUUUGCAUUCAACAAACAAAACCAUGUAAUAUUGGAAAUAGCUUAUGCCUUCUUUAUAAAUAUGUAUAUAUGUAUUUUGCUAUGACUGGUGAAAAAAAUGCUUUUCACUUGUUA